AAAAAGGUCCAGGUGUGCAGAGCCGGUCCAGUUUUUCUCGGCCCAGUGCCAACUGCCAAGGCUUCCACCACCGAUCGUGACCACCAUCCCCACGAGGCCACUCCACCACCACACGUCGCAUUCUCCCCCUUUCGUUGUCCUUCCCCGUCUCAUUCCCUCCGCUCCCCAAUCCGCAGCAGUUCCGCGCCGAAGCCCUAACCCUCCCCAGAGCCCUAGCCGCUCGCCGCCCCGCCCCGCCACCAUGAGGUCCAAGGCCAACGGCGACGCCGCGUUCAAGGCCUCCGGCAAGAGCAAGACGGCCACCGGCGGCGUCACCAAGCCGAAGCGCGCCCCGACCCCCUUCUUCGUCUUCCUGGCUGAGUUCAGGCCGCAGUACAUGGAGAAGCACCCCGAGGCAAAGGGCGUCGCUGCCGUUACCAAGGCGGCCGGGGAGAAGUGGCGCAGCAUGUCGGAUGAGGAGAAGGCAAAGUAUGGUGGGAAGAAGGCAGAUGCACCAGCGAGCAAGGCUGUGAAGAAGAAGGAGAGCACCACCUCCAAGAAGGCCAAGACCGAUGCUGAUGAGGAGGAAGAAGGUUCUGACAAGUCCAAGUCUGACGUUGAGGAUGAUGCUGAGGACGACGAGGAGUAAAUAGUGGAUGAGGGAACAGCAGUGGUGCAAAUCAGCGCGUGCUGCUUAGGGCUUAGCUGCCAUGUCAAUGUCCUUAUGAUGUAAUGUUAUGUGAGGAGAAUGUUUAGAUGCGUACUCCUGGUCUGCGGCAUGCUGGAGGAGUCUCUGUUUGACUAGUAGCGAAGAAAAGCCUAAAACCCUUGACUGCUUAUCUUUCGUGGACCUCCGCAGCAUGUGGAAACCGUUAUUAUGCUUGUUUUUAUCUACUGGUCUGAUGACUAGCCCGCUGUUGGCUUGCUGUUAAUUGUUGGCCGUCUUGUGUUCUCCUUUCA